AUGGCCUCUGUUGUUAACGGUUUCCUCCAAGCUGUGCAAUCUGUUGAUCAUGGAAUCUUCCAUUCGCUGCAUGCCAUCUUGGACUCCACCAAGUCCUGCCUCCAAAAGCUCGAUUCAUUCUUUCAGCUCACCAAGCUGCGUAUCACUCUAUCAUUCUCGGAUGGCGAAGCAGCUCGUCAUCUCCUGCAGUUGCCCAAUUUGCCUUCUCUACCGAAUUUGCCUAAACCAACACUGCCGCCAUUUCCUUCUAUACCAACACUGCCGCAGCCCACAUUGCCAACCUUGCCAGCCACUCAACCAUCACUGCCUAAGCCUCCACUGCCUCCACUUCCCAGCCUGCCAACAAUGCCUGCUAUCCCCAAGGUCACCUUGCCUCCACUUCCAAGCAUGCCUUCAAUCCCCACCAUCCCAACAACAAUUCCCUCCAUCCCCUUCCUCUCCCCACCUCCCGGAAAUUAG